AUGAGCAGCGCCGUCAACCGCGGCCCAAGCGCGGCCUGGCCCACGAAGCCGUGGGAGAAGCAGCAGCAGCAGAGAGCCGGCGCUGAUUCAAACGACGACAAGUUGCCGACGUCACAUGGCGUCUGUCCAGUCCCGGGUACCGGUGGUGCUACUUCAGUUGCUGCUGUUACUUCAGUUGCUGCUACUUCAGGACCUCUACCAGGCUCGACGCUUCAUGUGAUGGCUCCUUAUGGCCCGACGGGGUACGGAACGGGAAUGGGCUCGACGUACGGGACGGGAUUGGGCUCGACGUACGCUGGAGGCAUGAACUCGUACGGUACUGGGGGGUACGCUGGAGGUGGCGGUUAUGGAGGGUACACAGGCAUGUCCCGAAUGGGGUACGGCGGGCCCAUGAGCGGUGGGGGCAAUAUGGACCCGAACGGAGGAGGGAUGGGCUGGCUCUCGAGUUUCAAUCAGAUUGUGAGCUCCAUCGGGCAGAUCACGGAACUGCUGGGGAUGAACGCAGAGGCGCUCAACUUUUGCAUCGGGAGUUCCGUCCACUUUCUCGAACGCAUUGGAGCCAUGUGUGCGGGUAUUGCUGCUAUGCUGGCUCCACGUCCGGUGUUUCCACCUGGUCACCCGCGCCAUGGCGAGCCGCCCGUGACAGAAGAAGAGGAACGAAGCCGCCGACGCCGAGUGCGUAUCUUCCAGUUCAUUCUGAGCAUGGCGACACUCGCGUUGCUGUACAAGGGACUGCGGUGGCUGCGUGGCAAGACGUUGCUCAAGAAACUUUUGGUCGCCUCGCCAUCCAGGAGCGUCAAUCGAGACCUCGAGCAGAUUUUCCAGCGCACGGUGGGCGUCCAGCGCUUAUAA